UCGGAAUCAUUGUCGGAUCGGAGCGGCGGAUCUCUCGGGACGGACGCACGGCGGCGCACACGGGACGAUCGCGCUCGGUUCGUGAUCGCGCACGGUUGCAUAAGACUUUCCAGCCCCAGCUGGUUCGGCAGCAGCAUCAGCAGCACUGGCAGCAGCAGCAGCAGCAGCAUCCGUCUAACCAGCGAUACCAGCAAGGGUCGACUUGGCGUGUGUGUAGCGUGCGAUUCGUGUGAAAAUUCCUCCUUUUGCCAAUGCCGUACCGCCUGUAGUGUGACGUCGUCGUUGUGCGAGUGCGUGCGAGCGUGCGUGUGUUUGGGUGCGUGUGUUUACUAUUUACCCCGGCGCCGUCAACAUGUCGAUGAAUCCGUGCAAGACCGGCGAUCGCGAGAAGGAUCAGAACAACAAUUUCGUCAACGCGACCGCUCACGGUGGUGCCGGUGUGGACCGGGAAAGACGGGCACGCCGAGCAGCGGCAGCAGCACGAUCAGCAGCCAGCGAGGAUCAGCAGCUGAUGCGCAACGGUAACACCAGGAACCACAACCAGCACAGUGGCAACGGCAACUGCUACCAUAACGGGCACCAACGUCAGAACGGUGACGGUCACCACGGAUCGGUGGGAGUCUCUGCUACAUCCACUGUGGGAGCACCGGGAGGAGGCGUCGGUAUCGGUGGGCCGCAUGUAACCGCCAAAGUGAUGUGGGGCAAUGUUAGUGCCAUCAAGGAGCUGCGUGAUAAGGAGCAGAGCGAGCGACAACUCGGCACUCGGGCUGCAGGACGUCGCCAGUGAG